AUGAAAGACUUUACCGAGGCAGCUGUUUCCUCGAGGAGAGGAGGAAGAAGAAAGGCAUGCGAUUUAUGUUGCCAAAAGAAGAUCCGUUGCAACGGUGCAAAGCCGCGGUGCUCUCAUUGCCAGAUCUACGAGUCGGAAUGCGUGUAUAAUGGCGUGCAGCGGAAGACGGUUCCGCGGGCCAAUGCUGCCCCUAGAGUUGAGUCUCUCGAGGCUCGCAUGGGCCGCAUGGAGUCGAUGCUCGAGGGCCUGAAGACGCAGAUCGACAUCCUAUCUCAGAGAGGGGAGAUCGAAUCGGUUAUUGAGGAUGUUCAAGACGCCCUUCCGUCAAGUGAAGAGCGAGAAGAUGAACGGAUUCUCCCACCGCUCUCUGACAUUCUUCCUAUCGUGGACGAGUACUUCCUAUCUAAUAAUCGACUCUUACCUCUAUUUGACCAGACAAAAUUCAUGCAGAUGCUGCGUGGUUGGUACUCAAAUCCAGACCAGCGUGGUUCGGCUACCUGGGCAGCUAUUAAUGUCGUUCUUGCGCUUGGUUUACUUCUCCAGCCACAUAUUGGUGCUGGAGGGGGUCUGACGGUAGCAACAUUCGUCAAGAAUGCUCAGUCGGUCCUUGACGAGAUAGUUACUCGCGAAGAAGACAUACUCAGCGCACAAAUUGUUCUUGGUCUCUGUAUCCUUUUCCAGGAAUCAGCCGAUCCUCAGCCUGCAAGUGUCUUGGUCGCCACGGCUGUCACAUUAGUACACAGACUGAGACUCUAUAGUCGGUCGGGACAAGAACAUCUUAGCCAGGCAGAUGUCAGACAGCGCGACCGCUUGUUCUGGAUCGCCUACGUCCUGGAUAAAAGUAUCAGCUUACGUGCGCAGCAGCCGCCUCUACUCUCCGAUGCGUGGACAGAUAUCGACCUGCCUGAAAUUGAUCCCAUUGAUGGCGCUGGCGUCGUCUAUAGCCUCCAAGGGACGAGUAAGAUAAACUUCUUCCGCCUCCGAGUACAGCUUGGGAUCAUCCAGGGAAAGGUAUACGAUUGGCUGUAUUCGGUGACGGCGGAUAAACUGUUGUCUGCCGCGAAAGAACAAUUCGUACAGUCAAUCGAGUGUACGCUCCAUCAAUGGGAGGAAAGCUUGCCAAGAGAGUUCAUGCCAGAUUCUCUCCUCGAAACUGCUCCGCCAGGGACCGUACAACACCUGGCUUCCCUACACUGGACCUAUCUUCAUGCCUCGGCCAUGAUACAUCGGGCUCAUUCGCACAACCAGAAGUGGAUACAGAUUAUCCUCCAACGCAGCGCUAUCAUCAUUGAAGAACCGAUCAGAUGUGCCAUCGCAAGCCCACAGCCAUCUCUACCAGGUUCCUGGUCCAAGCUGGUUAGCUCUUCACGGGCGUGCAUGAAGCUUUGGCAUAGUAUGCCGAUAUCCAACGAAUCGUUGAUCUGGUCCACCCUAUGCGGUCGAAUCACGGGACUUCUUCUACUCAUAGUGAACAAUCUGACUGAGCCUCACCAUGAGAUGCUGGUAACAGACCAGAGACUUGUCGAGGCCGCCAUACAAUCACUAGCGCCGAUAGCUGUAAAAUUAAGAAACAAGCAGUUCCAACAAGUUUAUCACGCCUGCGAGGAGCUGGCACUCAAGGUUCGGAUUUCGAUAGAGCGGAACAUCAAUGUGACUUCCGCCCUAGAGACAGAAUAUCUUUUGCCGGAGGUUCAAUUGGACAGCUCUCUUGGCGAAUCUGGAACCCAGCCGGUCCUGGGAUUGGUACAAGGAUUCUACCAUGGUCAUAAGGGCCCAGAAGUAAUGCCAAUCAACCCAUCAGUAGAGGCAAUACUGCAGGAAGACGAGAGUCCGUUGAUCAAUAGUUAUGCCACAUCUGGCACCGCUUUGUUUAGUUGGAAUUAG